ACUAUACCCCGUACAACACCACUACUCUGAUCAAACUGAGAUAUAUGCUAUCAAGGAACACAAGGAGAUUGAGUCUUCUAACAAUCUAACCAUGGCUGAAGCAUUAAAGACUGUCAUCUCCCAGAGUACAGAGUGUCCAGUUUGUCUUUCUACAUUCAUCGAUCCCAAGAUCCUGUCUUGUUCUCACACUUUCUGCAAGACUUGCCUGGACAACCUCUUAAAGUGCCACGGUAACUGUCAGAUUCGAUGCCCUGUCUGCAGAGCUGUCACGCAGGUCCCAAACCAAGAUGUCGGCAAACUACAGGUAAAUCUUGCGUUGAAGAGUCUGAUAGAUGACAUGGAGGGCCAACCUCAGAUUUGCACAAAUUGUAAAUCCAAUAACAAGCCCCAUGCUGAUGUCUACUGCCAAGACUGUGGUAAGUAUCUCUGCACCUCUUGUCUUAAUACGCACUCUCAAUGGGGAGACUUUAUCGGCCAUAACGUCAUUGCCAUGAGUGAGAUCUCGUCAGGCAAGGUGUCUGUACGUAGAUACCGCAAAUGCAGGAAACACCCGAAAGAAGAUGAAUGUUGCUUCUGUUCCACCUGCAGGAGAUUCACAUGCUUCAGAUGCGGUGUGAUGGAACAUAAAGACGAGGGACACCAGGUUGUCGAGGUAGCUACCUAUGAGGACAAACACAUGGAGGGUAUCGAAGACCUGAAAUCAAAGGUGGAGAAGAAACAAUCAUCCUUUCAGAAGUACAUUGAGUUCAUAGAUGAACAGAGCAAGAGUGUUGACAAUGCCAAGAAACAGUGUACAAGUGACAUCAACAAAGCAUAUUAUGAUGCAGUCCGGCAGCUGUCAGAGAAGAAAGAAAGCCUGCUAAGAGAAGUCAAGGAAACCACCGAAGGAGUAGCGAAAGAACUGAAAAGCAUGAAGACCACGGCUCAGAAGCACAUCAAUCAGUUGACGACUUUGGCUGAAAUGGUGAUUAACAAAACAAAGAUACCGUUAGAUAUGGAUACUUUGGCUACACACGACACUCUGUGUGAAGAGUUACGAGCGGUCUUUGAUCAAAAGGAUCCUGACUACGAGCAGCCGAAGAAAUCGGGCAUAAAGGGGAAAAGUGUCAAUUUUGAGAGAAAUGUUGGAGUGAAUGAGCUAGGCCUUGGAAAGAUUGUUAAUGUAGUUGAAAAGAACGUCGCCUUGCCCACAAAAAAGGUUUUUGAUAAAAAGGACGUUUCUUUGCCUACUAAUAAGAUUGUUAAUGUAAAGAAAGUUGCUUUGCCAGCUAAGAAUAGCAUGAAUGCAAUGGUUGGUACACCAGACGGUAGGAUGGCAGUAGGAUGUGAUACAGGUGGCAUCUCUAUCUUCUCUUCUGAUGGUAAGCUUCAGCAUACAGUUCUGAAGGAUGUUAAGAUUGAUGGGGUAGGGUUCCUCUCUGAUGGUCGAUGUGUUGUGACUGACAAUUCUAACGAUAUCACACUGUACACGCCAGAGUACACAAAGUUGAAUGUAAUGUUUAAGACUCUAAGUCGAGAUGAAGGUGGGUUUUCUGAUCUCACUGUUGAUGGUGAUGACCUGAUCUAUGUGAGCUACUGGAAAGCCAUGAAGAUCUUGGUAUUUUCAACGGCAGGUUGGCAAGCAAUUAGGGAGAUACCAUGCAACGGGUAUGAACCUCUGCAAAUCACUAGUUACCAUGGUUAUCUGAUCACUAAAUAUUUUAAUACUAUCAGAUUGAUAGACAAACAGGGUGCUGUACAACAUGAAUUAAAGAAACCUGGUAGUCUCCUUCAUGCUGCUGUAUCUCAAUGGGAUACAAUCCUGAUAGCCAAGGUGAAGCAUGAUGAAGGUUUGGUGAGCAUUGACGAGUAUACAUAUGAAUUAAGGCACAUCCGAAACCUUGUUACUGAUUACAAGAUUGAGAAGUCGGGGAUAUAUUGGUGUUUCCUCCAGCAGUACCGAUCAGGGGAGAUCGCCUUCUGCACUCGGGAUAACCUCUAUAUAUUCCGCUGAAAAUAAUGGAUGAUAUCAACAUUGAUAUAAUAUCACAAUAUCACAGAAGGGGGGGGGGGGCGAUCCCCACUGAGUAUCCAUCCAGUAAGCUGCUAUAAUAUAGAAAUACAUGAGAUAGUUGAUGGAUCAUUUCUCUCUCGUUUCUCACCCAUACAAAAGCAUUUCGCUGCUUACAACUUUUUAUUUUCAACUUUGCAUGUAUCAAGCAUCAGCUUUAUCAGGUUUAUCCUGUGUGGGGAAAUUCUCGUACUUGAAUAUCAAAGACAAUGUUGUUAAAUAUUUCAUGAAAAAUCAAAUGAUUCUGUAUCCAUAUACAUGUGUAUGAUAUUUGACUGGAAAUGAUUAUGUUGGUAGUAAUAUAUUAACCAUAUUAACCAUUUAUGUGCGUAUAUUUGUAUUCUUAUGCAUAAAUUGGAAUAUAUCGUUAUUCUAUGCUAUUAUUCUAUCUAGACAUGAUUAUAAUGUGUAAAUAUAUAAAUAUUACCUUCGUGGAAAUGGUCUGAUCUACACUCUUCAAUAUUCUUCGAAGUACUUCAAUUUCAAAAUGAAAUUAUAUUAAAUAACUUGAUUGUGAAACACCAAAAAAAAUUAUUACCGGCAUUUCAGAAAAUGGCACGAAAAUGCAUAAAAAAGCAACGUCGAUGGACCUCAAUUUUUAUUUGAGUUUUGCUAUUCCAAGCAUCAUUUUCAUCAUGUUUAUCCUAUGUGAGGGAAUUUUUAGUUCUUGUAUUUUAGACGUGAUGUUAUUAGACAUUUCAUGAGAAAUCAAGUGAUUCUCUAUUCAAAUAUAAUAAAUGUAAAUAAUGUUUGACUAGUAAUGGCCAUGGUGGCAAUGUGAUAUCUACCAUUGACAUUAAAGAGUGUAUGCCAUAAUUGUACUGUUUAUGCGCGUAUAUUUGUAUUUUUAUGCAUAAAUUGGAACAUGUUUUGAUUCUAUCUAGAUAUGAUUAUAAUGUGUAAAUAUAUAAAUAUCAUCUUCAUGGAAAUGGUCUGAUCAAUACUCUCCGAUAUUUUUAGAAGUAGUUCAAAUUAAAAAUGCAAUAUUUGAAAUAACUCGAAUGUGAAACACACACAAACAAAUUAUUGUAUAUUUCAGAAAAUGGCACGAAAAAUGUAUAAAAAAAAGCAACGUCAAUGGAUUUCAAUUUUUAUUUUGAGCUUUGCUAUUAUCAAGCAUUAUCUUUAUCAUGUUUAUCCUGUGUGGGGAAAUUUCUAGUUCUUAUAUUUCAGACAUAAUGCCAUUAGACAUUUCAUGAGAAUCAAAUGAUUCUCUAUUCAUAUACAUGUGUAUCAUAUCAUGGUGGAAAUGUGAUAUUUACCAUUGAUACUGGUGGUAGUGAGGUUUUAUCCUUGAUAUUAAAGAGUGUGCAUAACUGUUUUUCUAUGUAUACAUGUAUUCUUUGCAUAAAUAGGAAGAAUAAUUAUCAUAAUCCUUACAAUGUAUUUGUUUUCUGGUCGACAUACGUACAUGUAUAAAACUACUGUGUACAAAUAAUUUCACCUGCAUUUGAUGCGGAAAUGGUUUCAACUACAAAACUACUUUUUAAGUGCAUAGUUCAAUGCAAUAAUAAUGCAAUUAUAUGGAAUAAGUCGAUUAUGAAACAAACACAAAUAACCUUAGUGUAUUUCAGACAAUGGCACAAAAAAUGUACAGUAAUAGUCUAGGCGUAAUGAGUUAAGGGAUGUCAAUUUGGGCCAUUCACACACGUCUGAUGUGUUUAUUAUUACAGGUACACCAUUAUUUUAAUACCUUUUUUACAUUUUUUGGGGUAUAUAUUUCAAUUUUGUAAAAAUUAACGAAAUUAAAUUAAACGAAAUAGAUUUUGACAUGAUAUUCAGAAUAUGAUAUAUGAAACAAUGUAUUUAAAAUUUCUUCAUCAGAUUUUCCCUUAAUAUGUAGAGGAUUCAAUUCAAUAGAAGAUCCCGUCAGAUAUGACUUGCAAUUUACACGAAAAAAAAUCAAACUGUAUAUCAUAAUUUGUUUUGUCUAGAUGUAAACUUAUUUUAGUAUCAAUUUUCUUUCAUCAAGAGUCAUGAGUAUAACGUGAAUAUCCAAGUUGAAGAGAAAACAUUUUUGAUUGGUUUUACCAUUGAACGGUUCAGAUAUGGUCCAACAAACGUAGAGGGCAGCAACACUGCCGAGGGUUGCUACCCACUACGUUCAUUCAUAUGGUCCUUAAAUGCAAUGUUUGAUCCUCGCACAAAAUAUGACCAAGAAUAAUAAUAUACAAAUCUAGGAAUAAGAACAUUUAACUUUUUAUUUCCCCUGCUCACAUGAGCUCUAAAGAACAAGUUACCCGUAGAAUCAGUUUAUUCAAAGAUAAAUCAAUUAUGUUCUUUAUUAAAAUAAUUCAAAAGAGAUUCGAUCAUCAAUUUGAUCAUUCCAAACCCGUUUGUAUGAUACUCUUGAAUAUAUAAUUUUUAAAAAUUUGCUCUACAUUUUAUUUCUUCUUAAGGUGUACGAACCCCCAAAUUACAUUGUGAAUUGUGUAAAUUAAAUAAAGGAAAUCUGGAAAAGAGUGUCAAUAUAAUAACAUAAUAUAUCAAUUAAAAAAAGCUUAUGUGUUAUAAAACACUUACAAUUCAGAUCCAUAUUUUAUUCAAUUUGGCUGUUUAAUUACUGUUUAAUUGAAUUGUAUUUUUUCCGAUUUUAAUGAAAUAAAUACCAUAGGUGAGGACAUAACAAAUUGUUCAUAUGUACUCGAUUAAUCAAUAAAGUG